UCACAGGGGUGACAUGGCCUCUGCAUUGCGAAGUCCCCAGGUCCUCCAGCUCACCCUUGCCCUGAUCAAGCCUGAUGCGGUCGCCCACCCUCUGAUUAUGGAGGCCAUCCACCAGCAGAUCCUGAGCCACAGGUUCCUGAUCGUGCGCACUCGGGAGCUGUGGUGGCGGAAGGAGGAUUGUUGCCGCUUCUACCAGGAGCACGAGGGGCGCUUUUUCUACCAGCGUCUGGUGGAGUUCAUGGCCAGCGGGCCCAUCCGAGCCUAUAUCCUGGCCCACGAGGACGCUGUCCAGCUCUGGCGGACGCUGAUGGGACCCACUAGAGUGUUCCGAGCUCGCCACGUGGCCCCUGACUCCAUCCGUGGGCGCUUUGGGCUCACUGACACCCGCAACACCACCCACGGCUCAGACUCCGCAGCGUCAGCCAGCAGGGAGAUCGCAGCCUUCUUUCCCGAGUUCAGCCAGCAGCGCUGGUACGAGGAGGAGGAGCCCCGGCUGCGCCUCGGCCCUGUGCUCUACAGUCCCGAGGGCGGCGUCCACUGUGCGGCCGGACUGGACCUGGGUCAGCCCGGGAGCCCCGACUGUGCGCAGUGACAGCUGCGACACCGGCCUUCACUCCUCAGCCUCAGGCCUGGUGAUUUCUCACAGGAGUAGGAAGCCCGGGCUGUGGCGCCAUCUCUGCCUCAUGCCACCACCCCUGGGGACUCAGCUCUUCGUCUACCUCUUCUCUGGAACAUUCCUGGUGCCUAAAAUGGAGGGUUUCUCUUGUGCAGAGAGCCACUCCUCCCUCAAGGACUUGGAGACACAGUGAGUCUAGAAGCACCACCUGGCCUGUCUUCCUUAGUAGCAUUGGCCAGGCAUUGGGGUGCACCCCUGUUAUCCCAGCAUUCAGGUGGCUGAGGCAGGAGGAUCAUUGAGAGUUCGAGGCCAGCCUGGGCUACAUAGCGAGACCUCUCCAAAAGCAAAAAAAAAAAAAAAAAAAUGCCGUUGCUUAAAACAACAGCGAUUUUUUUUUUCUCCUCAUCUGUGAGCAGCACAUCCACCAGAGUCUCAUGCAGCCUUUUGUCCUGAGCUAGGCGACAGCUCGUGGAUUCAGGGCUACAGGUGGGCAGCCCCUGUCAGUGCAUGAUGCCUGUGUUGUGUCCAAAAGCAUCUUGUGGCCAAGCCCAGGUCCCUGUGCAGCGGACACAGGGCAACGUGGAUGCUGGGAGGUGUCACUGCGCUCCUGGGUCAGGGAGGUGACCUGUGCAAGGCCUCCCCAAAUGUCACAGGCUGCAGUGCACAUCUGUGCUCCCUGCAAGGACUCAGGCGCCAUCUGCUGGACUCCGGAGGCCUCUGCUGGACCCUCAGCACCCACUUCGUCCCACAGUUCCCCCUCGGUGGCCUCCUGCCUCUCCUAGUCGCUGUAGCCCUCAGUCUCUGCCCAGCCCAUCCUCCUCCAAAUCCUCCUCCUCAGAACUUAGAUCUGUGUGGCACCUGGUAUCUUUGGAAAUGUUCAUCACACCCUCUUCUCCCCGUGUCUCACAUCCUCGUCUCUGCACAGCCAGACCCACAUGGGCGCCUGCCCAGUGGGCUCACCCCAUAUUCAGAGCCAGGUCACCCCACUUCCUUGGGAUCUCGUGCAGAUGCCCAAGUGCAGAUGCCCAAGACCCAAGCUGAGGCCCAAUCCUCAGUCCGGAUGUUAAAUUAUCCCAAGGUCCAGAUUAAAUCCAUGUCUUGAGUCCAGGUUCAGUACCUAGCACUAAGCAAGGAAUGGUGGGGCUCAGCUAUAAUCCCAGCACUGAGGAGGCUGAGACAGGAGGAUCGCCACAAGUUCAAGGCCAGCCUGGAUGAUGCCAAGACCCUGUCUCAAAAAUAUCCACAACUAAACAUCUAGUACUAAACUGAAUUCCAACACUAAGAUCCCAGAGCCAGUUCCAAGCCUGUGAGCUGAAACCUUCUUUUCACACUGACUCUCUCAGUUGUAUGUUACAGUACUGGGAAACUGACUGACACACAUUGUGUUGUCAGUACCUACUUUGUGGUACUUAGUUACAGUAACUUGCAAACUAAUACUGUGUAUUAAACAUAAGCUCUAGUUUGAGGACCAAGGUUUGUAUCCAAGUUCCAGAAGUGAGGUCAGGUCCAUGAUCCUGGAAAAUACAAGUGAGGACUGACUUUCUAAGAUUGGAUUCAAAUCCUCAGAUAAAUACCCAAGGCCAAAGCUUCUCACAUCCCCUUCCACCCGGAUCCACACCAUUAUCUAGUCGGGGCUGAGGGAACUCAGCGAAUCCACAUCUGAGCUGCAGGUGUCACCUCCAGGAGCAAACACCAGGGUCCCCAACAGUGACCCAGAUCAGGCCUAGGUACGUGUAUGUGGUGUUAGAUGAAGGGCAGUGCCACGGUACCCUUCAGUAAGCAGAUGCCAGUCUGUAUGCGAGGCCAAGGCUCAAAGGCUGCGUUCCUGUGUUUUCAUUUUGUUUUUCAGAAAGGGAAGAACCAAGCUCUUUUCCUUGCUUUGGUGGUACUGGGAUUGAACCCAAAGACAUUCUACCACCAAGCCUCAACUCCAGCCAUAUAUACGUGGUGGGGAGACUGGGGUUUGUUUUUUUUUUUGUUUGUUUUUUUGUUUUUUGUUUUUUGUUUGUUUGUUUUUUGUCUUUUUCCUUUUUAUCAGUACUGGGGAUCAAACUCAGGACUGCCUGCUUGCAAGGCAGGCGCUUAUGCCGCUGAGCUAAAUCCCCAGCUCCAGGUUUUUUGUUUUUGAGACAGUGUCUCAAUAUGGUUUAGGCUGCCCUUGAACUCACUAUGUGGUCUAGGCUAGUCUUCAGCUCAUGACAACCCUCCUGCCUUAGCCUCUUAAAUGCUGAGAUUACAGGCAUGCACUACACCUCCAGUUUUAUAUUUUAUUUUGAGGCCAGUUUUCACGAAGUUACCCACACUGGCCUCCUGCUUUAGCCUGCCAAGUAGCCAGGAGUCCUGGUGUGCAGCGAGCCACUGGCUGAAAAGCCACUCUUUUAAUUUGUGUGGAACUGCAGAGGGUCCCAAAGAGCCAGAACAAUGUUGAAAAAGGAGAAAGUUGGAGCACUCACACUUGCCCAUUUGGAAGCCUGCUACAGAGCCACAGUGAUCAAAACAGGUGGUACCGGCCUAAAGACAGACGUGUGAGCCCAUGAGAUAAAGCUAAGAGUUCAGAAACAGACGACUGCCAUAAUCCCAGCAGGCUGGGGGGCAGGUGGGAGACUGCAAGUUUGGGUCCUGCCUGCUGAAAGAAAAGAAAAAGAGGAAGCACAAAAUAAACAUGCAUGGCCAAGUGAUUUUUUUAAAGAGGUUUUCUAGACCAUUCGAUAGGGCAAAAAACCAUUACUUUAAUAAAUGGCAGUGGGACACCCGGAUAACCACUCACAAAAGAAAAGCUGAACCCCGGCCUCACACCAUAUAAAUAACUAACUGAAAAUAGAGUUGGGUGAGGUAGCACGUAUCUGUAACCCCAGCACCCCAGAGUUUGAGGCAAGAAAAUGUCAUACAUGUUCAGGGCCAGCCUGGGCUACACAGUGAGAGCCUCUCUUACAAAUAAAUAAAUUUUUAAAACAAUUACUGAAAGUGGAAACCGAGUGUAAGAGCUGACACGGUAAAGCCACUGGAAGAAACUUGGGGUAAAGCUUCAUGGCCUUGAUUUGGCAACAGAUUUUUAGAUUUGACCCGUAAACCAAGAGGCACAAAGGAAAGAAAACAGAUAAACUGAUUUUCAAAAUUAAAAGUUUUCACUCAUUGAGAUAAAUUAUCCAGAGGGUGAGACUACAGCCAGAAAAUGGAAUAAAUGUUUGUAAGUCGUGUGUCUGACUGAAUCUGAUUUAAAGUUCAGACUAAGGAUCAGCACCAGCUCAAGGCCAGCCUGGGCUACGGGGUGAGACCACAUCUCAGAAAACCAAAUUGAGCUGAGGAUUUAGCUCAGCUGCAAAGAGCCUACCUGGCAAGCACAAGUCCCUGAGUUCAAUCCCUGGUACCAAAAAAAGAGAAAACGAAAACCAAACCAAACCAACUACCUGAAGUCACCUGAGUCACCUCAAGGUCUCAUCCCCAUUAAGGAGCAUUCCUGUUCCUCAUGGGCCUGUGGCUCCCAGGACUACACUGUGGCCAGGACAAGCCACCACCCUCCUUUGAAAGUGGCUGUUAUAUUAGACUAGCAGAAAGGGAAACUGAUUCAUUAAACCCACAAAUAAAAGAGGAGUUUAUUUGUU